GCCGCCGAAAGGGCUGCGCCUCUGCGGCGCUGCGGCCUGGAGUCUGCGCGCAGGUGUUUGCCCGGCGAGGCGGAGAGUCAGGGCGGGGGCCUGGAUCUCUACUUCUGCCCCAUGUACAAAGAUCUCUACAGCAUCCAUGCCGUGACCCCUUCAGCUGACUGGCACCUGGAGAUGGAAGCGACUCCAUGAGGAUGUUCAGUAGCCUGGUGCCUGUCCAGAUCAGGAAUCUGGUGGGAGGCUACUGGCUGUUAACAAGGCAGUUGCUUUAGUAAAGCUUCGCUACAGGUAUUGGUAACUGUGGCCCAUCAGGAGCAAAGCUUAAUGGAGUGCUUGCUGGAUGCCAGGCCAUGCUGAAUAUGAAAAGUUGAGUGGAGCCCCUUCCACUCAGGGGACUUGCUGUCGAUCAGGGGUCAGCUGAAAAGCCUGAAAGCAGAGAAUCAAAGUGAAAACCAAGAAUUCUCAAAUUCAGAAACACUUUAUCUCAAAGAAAAUGAAACGAAAUACCACCAAAACGAGCGCUACCAAAGUCAGCAGCACCCUAGCGGGCAGCACCAAAGCCAGGGAUUUAAAGUGCAAAAUGGCGAUUAUACCAGAUUGGCUUACUUCGUAUCCUCACACGCGAAAAUUUACAUGUUCAAGACCCCAUUCUUCACCAUGUAGAUUAUUAUAUUCAAAGAAUGGUUUCCAAAAUAUGUUCAGACCUUCAUCUUCAAACACAGCUGUUGCAAAUCCAAUACUGUCCUUCUUAGAUGUUAAACGGAUUUUAUUUGAAAAAAUUACUGCUAAAGGGGAUGAGUUGAAAAAAGCCUUUCAGCUGCUUGAUCCUGGUCAGACCUUGACUGUGUCAAAAAAUGAACUACGAAGAACUAUCACAACCUUCCUGAUGCCUCUCACGAGAGAACAGUUUCAAGACGUGUUGGCUCAGAUCCCCCUCACGGGCUCUGGUUCUGUACCAUACCAUCAAUUCCUGUCCAGGUUUGGUGGAAUUGACCUAAAUGUAAAUGUUAUAAAGAAGGGUGGUGGAAAUGAAAUUAAUUGCUGCCGGACAUUAAAAGAAAUUGAAACCCAAGUGGGAGAAAAGGUUUUCAAAAACAUUAAAACAGUUACCAAAGCCUUUAAGCUCAUUGAUGUUAACAAGACUGGACUGGUUCAACCACAUGAGCUAAGAAGAGUUCUGGAGACCUUCUGUUUGAAGUUAAAGGAUGAAGAAUACAGCAAGUUUUCAAAACACUACAAUAUCGAUAAAGAUACCGCAGUGGAUUACAAUGUCUUUUUGAAGAACCUCAGCACAAAUAAUGAUUUGAACCUUAGAUAUCUUAUGGGAAACCAAGAUGUCUCAUUAGAGUAUCAACAAGGCAAAAAUUCCAAAAAGGAGCGUCUAAUAAAUUCUGUGUCAUCUGAAGAUACCUGGAAAAACUACUCCUUAGAUGAAAUUGAGAGGACCUUUUGCCAAGAGUUUUGGAAGUCCUAUGAAAAGAUCGAAAAGGCUCUCAGUGCAGGGGACCCAUCUAAAAGUGGUUAUGUGUCUUUUAAUUACCUAAAGAUUGUCUUUGACACCUUUGUAUACCAAUUACCAAGAAGAAUUUUUAUCCAGUUAAUGAAAAGACUUGGACUUAAAACCACCACAAAAAUCAAUUGGAAGCAAUUUCUAGCAUCAUUUUAUGAGCCUCAGGGGUUGGAUAUUAGCAAUAUUGUUCCCCCAAGAAAAAGAAAUAGCUUCAACUCUAGAAAUCAAUCUCGCAAGAAAGAUAUCAUCACAAAGUUAUUUAGACAUUCUGAAGACUGCUUUACAUCAUUGAAGAAAGCAUUACUGAUGAUCAAUACUGAACCUGAUGGACAGAUAGCAGGGGAAGAAUUGCGACAUGUUCUAAAUUGCAGGGUCAUAAAAUUAAGUGAUUCAGAAUUCAAAGAACUAAUGCAAACGCUCGACCCUGGGGGCACUGGAAUGGUCAAGGUCUCCACGUUUACUGACCUGCUUGAUGAGAACCCAAAGAUGAGGAAGGUAUCCCCCGGCACAGACACUAAGACACCUCUCCACCUGGCUUGGGAUUCAGUAGAAGAAGUUGUUCAUGAUGCAAUUACUAGGAGUCUACAAGCUUUUUAUAACAUGCUGCAAUCAUAUGACCUUGGAGACACAGGGCUCAUUGGUCGAAUUAAUUUCAAGAGACUCAUGAACAUAUUCUGCCCACUUUUAACGAAUGAACAUUUAGUAAAACUCUACAGUAAGUUUCAGGAUGUUGGUUCAGGAAGAAUCCUUUACAAGAAACUUUUGGCAAGCAUAGGAAUUAAUGGCCCACCUGUCAUCUCUCCAGUUCUUGCUCCAAAGGAUCAGCUAAGUGAACGUUUUCAAAAAGCAAAACAGCAGCAGCCAGAUCUUUCUGAGAGAACCAAGCCCACUGAGGAUAAAACCUCCCUGACCAAGAAUAUGACCAAAGAAGAAGUUAUCAAAAAACUCAAAAACUAUAUACAGCAGCAGGACCCAGCAUUCAGAAAACGAUUUCUUGACUUUGGCAAAGAACCUAAUGGAAAAAUCAACGUGCACGAAUUUAAGAAGGUACUGGAAGAUACUGGAAUGCCCAUGGAUGAUGACCAGUAUGCUCUGCUGACGACAAAAAUAGGCUUUAAGAAAGAAGGGAUGAGUUAUCUUGAUUUUGCAACAGGAUUCGAAGGUGGCAAAUGGCCAGAUACUCAAAGGAAUAGGCCAGAAGCAACCCCACCUCACACUCCAAUUUCUUCAAAAAGUCACCUGGACAGCCACUUUAUAACUGCUGAAGAAUGUCUGAAACUUUUCCCCAAGAGACUGAAGGAGUCAUUCCGGGACUGCUACUCAGCCUUCUUUAAAACAGACACUGACAGGGAUGGCAUAAUCAACAUGCAGGACCUUCAGAGACUGCUGCUGCUCUUGUUGCUCAACCUCAGAGAUGAAGAAUUUGAGCGUUUCCUUGGGCUUCUCGGUUUGAGACUUAGUGUCACUUUAAAUUUUCGGGAAUUUCGGAAUUUGUGUGAAAAGAGACCAAUCAGUACAGAUGAUGCACCUCAAAGACUCAUUAGACCAAAACAGAAGGUCGCAGAUUCGGAACUGGCUUGUGAACAGGCUCAUCAGUAUCUUGUUACCAAAGCGAAAAACAGAUGGUCAGACUUGUCUAAGAAUUUUAUAGAAACUGAUAAUGAGGGCAAUGGCAUUCUUCGACGACGGGAUGUAAAGAACGCUCUGUACGGUUUUGAUAUUCCCCUCACACCGAGAGAAUUUGAAAAGCUUUGGACAAGCUAUGACACUGAAGGAAAAGGGCACAUUACUUACCAAGAGUUUUUACAGAAAUUGGGUAUUAACUAUUCCCCAACUGUCCAUCGGCCCUAUGCAGAGGAUUAUUUCAACUUCAUGGGUCAUUUCACGAAGCCACAGCAGGUACAAGAAGAGACCAAGGAGCUGCAGCAGAACACGGAGAAGGCUGUGCCCGCCAGGGAUAAGCUUAUGGACCAUUAUCAAGAUAUCAGCAAAGCACUCACCAAAAUUGAUAAAUCUAAAAAUGGCUACAUAGCCAUAUCCAGGAUACAGAAAGUACUGCAAGAAUGCGGUUGUUCUCUCACGGAAGAGGAGCUGACCAAUCUUCUAAGCAGUUGGGGAAUCAGCUGGCGUGAUAAUUCUGUCAGUUACGCUGACUUCUUGAGAGCGCUGGAGAACAGCAUGCUGGCAAGAGCUCAGCUGAAAGAGAAAGAGGAGAGCCUGCCAAUCAACUUUUCCACGCUGGCCCCAGAGGAGGUUGUGAAGAACAUCCAGGAGGUGGUCGAGUCUUCCCAGCCCGCUUUGUUAAAGGCAUUUUCUGCAUUGGAUAAAGAGGACACAGGAUUUAUAAAGGCUACAGAAUUUGGACAAGUUAUUAAGGAUUUCUGUUACAAACUCACAGAUAGUCAGUAUCAUUAUUUUUUGAGGACACUAAGAAUUCAUCUAACCCCCUAUGUAAAUUGGAAAUAUUUCCUCCAGAACUUCAGCUGUUUCCUUGAGGAGACGGCUGAUGAGUGGGCUGAGAAGAUGCCCAGAGGCCCGCCGCCCAGCUCUCCCAAGGGAACGGCCGACAGGGACCUCCUGGCUCGUCUCCACAAAGCAGUGACUUCCCAUUACCAUGCCAUUGCCCAGGAGUUUGAGAACUUCGACACCGCGAAAACAAGCACGGCCUCCAGAGAGGAGUUCAGGGCCAUCUGUAACCGCCAUGUCCAAAUCCUGACAGAUGAACAGUUCGACAGGCUCUGGACCGAGAUGCCCGUCAGCGCCAAGGGCAGGCUGCGCUACCUGGACUUCCUGAGCAGGUUCAGCUCUGAGAGGGAGGCAACGCCACCAGCCGCUGGCGAAUCGGUUGAGGCCCAGAGAGGAAGCAGUGUUCCCGAAGUCUCAGAAAGAGCCAGAUCUGCCAUCUCCUCACCCGCUAAGGACCUGAGAGCCGGGCUCCGGUCUCACAGCCACCCCUGUACGCCAGCGAGCAGCGUAGCGGGCACGCCGCCCCUGCAGAACUGCGAGCCCAUCGAGAGCAAGCUCCGGCGGCAGAUCCAGGGCUGCUGGAGAGAGCUGCUGAGGGACUGCAAAGAGAGGGACGUCAACAAGCAGGGCGAGAUCACCGCGGCCGAGUUCCUGGCUCUUGUGGAGAAAUUCAACCUGGACAUAAACAAAGAGGAGCGCCAGCAGCUCCUUAUAAAGUACGACUUGAAGAACAAGGGGAAGUUUGCAUACUGCGACUUCAUUCAGAGCUGCGUCCUCCUGCUAAAGGCAAAGGGAACCUCCCUGCUGCAGAGGAUGAAAAUCCAGAACGCACACAGAAUGAAAGAAGCUGGUGCCGAGACUUCGUCCUUUUACUCUGCUUUGCUGCGCAUUCAGCCCAAAAUCAUGCACUGCUGGCGGCCGAUGCGGCGCACAUUCAAAAGCUACGACGAGGCUGGAACGGGGCUUUUAAGCGUGGCCGAUUUCAGGAAGGUCCUGAGACAGUACAGCAUCAACCUGUCUGAGGAGGAGUUCUUCCACAUCCUGGAGUAUUACGACAAGACGCUGUCCUCAAAAAUCUCCUACAACGACUUCCUCCGGGCCUUCCUGCAGUAGGCACCCCGUGGGGCACCCCCGACAGGCAGGGCCACGGGGCUUGUUUCAAGACUAAUCAAAUCAGAUUGGGGAGUUUAAUGAAUACUCCAAAGUGUCUCCAGAAACAAAACCCAAAGCCGAGGCUGGUCUGUGUCUGUCCUGGUGGGGGGGGGGAGGGGGCGCACGCUUGGCCGCCCCCAGGCUCAGGCGCCUUCACCUGUUAGUUUGCGCAAAUAAAAUAGUCUUUGCAAGGAUGACUCCAGAGACUUUAAAAGAACUACUAAUGAUAAAAUGCUCUAACACAUGGAGUCUCUGGAGGUUGUGUUGGUGACUGCAGGCUAGCACGUCCCCGAUGCAGGGUGCAGGCCCCCUCCACUGCCGGCAUCCCGUGUCAGGGCCAGAGGACGUCUGUACCACGCUGCACUGGCCCUGGGCCGUGUGCAUCGACCGUCCCUGUCCCUGCUGAUGGACCAGCCAGCCUCACCUCACCCCAGAACCACUCACACGUCAGGCCCCGGCAGCCCUGCAGGGCUCAGCCUUCCUGAGGCCUCCCGAGGUCCGGCCGAGCCGGCAGCUGGAAGCGCCAGUGACCACUGUGACAGGAACUCCUCGGAAAUGACGGCCCGGCAAGCUCAGAGGAGCCUGGAAACUGCUGUGACGCUGAGCGGGAGACACAGGCAGAGUUUGCUGCCUUCUGGGAGGUUCUCCAAGGACUGGGAGCUGCAGGCAGGAGAGCUGGCUGGGCUGUGUGGCCAGGGGCUGUCGGGGAGGGGUGCGGCGAGGGGGCGAGGCAGCCCCUCCACUCCCAUCUGGGCCCCGGCCACACUGACCCGAGUGCCCUUCCCUGCCCCUGCGCGGGGGCCCAAACCAGGCCCCACCUGAUGGAGCAGAGCUCUCCAUGUGCGCGGGGGCUGCCUGCCUGGGGGGAGAGAGGCCCCACCCAUGUUCCACACCUGGUCCACAGACUGGACCCCCCACACUGACGGGGGUGGGCCCAUGGGAGGCUGCAAUGUCAGCUCUGAGCAAGGGGGCGGCCCCACCCGGGCCCUCCACCUGGCCCGGGGCUUCCUCCGCUCAGCCCGGACAGCCUCUGCCGUGCCUGGCUCUGCUCCAUCCAACUGCAGGCGCCUCCUGGUCCCCAAGUUGUGAUUUGGUGAGUGCAGGGGGCACCUUCUCUAGUUGUCUUAUUUUUGCCUGUAAUUAACCUAAAUUAGGAUGUCUGGAUUUAUUGCAGUUGUGGAAAUUUGCUGUUAACCAAAUUGUGUGAGACUGAGGACUUUACCAUCAUGGUGCUUAACUAGCCACACGUGUAAGCCUGGCAGGGGCCGCGCACACUGGGGUCUCCCUAAGGGCAGCCAACAAACCAGCACCCGCAGCGGCCCAGCCACCAGGAGGGCAGGUCUGGGGCCCCGGGCCACGGCAUGGGAUUCUCGUCCCUUUCUGUGACCUCGCUGCUGUGGCCGUUCCGCUCACUGUCCCCACACCCAUCAGGACACAGCACGAUCCUUCCACUCAUCGAGGAAGUAGUGAAAUGUCCUCCCCAGAAGCCACGUGAGCUGUCACGAAGCCAGGGCCGGCUGUGCAGGCAGCACAGGUGGCCGGGGGUGAGGAGGUGGCUCUCUGCUACCUGCUUGCUCCUUGGCCCGGCAGGGCGGGCAUCAGGGACGAUGAGGCUGAGGGGCUCUGGCCAGGCCAGGGCUGGGGAGACCUUAAGAUCCCAGAGAACCUGGGGGCCGGGGUGGCCCGGGGCAGUCGGCCACUGCAGGACAUGGGGUGCUCAGGCAGCCCUGGGUCCAGGCCUCGAGUAGGUGCAUCAACAGAGCCACGUGGUACCCCAGCGGCUCCUCCAUGUGCUUUGUGCAGGUCACACCCCUCCCUGGUUCCCCGUGUCCUCUCUUCUCUGUAGGAACCUUUGUUGUGGGACCUGGCGUGGGGGCGGCCGGUGUCCUGGGAAGAGGUUUCACGCUGGGGUAAGGAAGGCCUGUGAGGGCCGGAGGACCCCAGCUCGGGAGUCAGGCCAAGGGACAGGGCAGUGCCACUGUCGGGUGAGCACGGACGUGUGCUGGACUGUGGCUCGGCGCGUGAGUAUCCCCAUUUGACAGACAAGGAAACUGAGUCACCAGAAGUUAACUUAUCCAGAGUUUCACAGCUGGCAGGACGUGCCCCAGGCAGCGAGCAAUGGCCCAGGCCAGCGUCAGAGGCCCUGAAUGGGGUGGACAGGCUCCCCCUAUGGACAGCACCAGGAGUCACUCGCCCCCACCAAGACCCUGCCUUCGUGCCUCCUGCCGGCCCCUCCCCCUGGGCUCCUUCUGUCCUCUUCCGCACGGCCCCACACGCCUCCUCUGAGGCCCAGCUCUGAGGUCCCCUGCUUGGGGAACCCUCCUGUAACCUCUGGGCAGAGGCGGAGCACCCCGUGGUGCUGCAGAGGGACAGCGUCACCAGGCGGUGUGCGGUCCCCUCCCUGCCCUCUGUGCAGGGCCGCUGGGCCACGGUCCACCCCCGGAGCUGUCCCCCAGCCCGGCACAGAGGAGGUGCCCUGGUGCUGGCUGGGCACAGCCCCUGGUCCGUCUCGCAGCAGGAGGGCACGCCAGGCUCCAGGGGUGCCAGCUGCCGCCGCGUGCACGGACUUUGAUUCCGCGCUCCUGGGACGACACUGCCCUUCCCACGUGCCCCCCCCGACGCCCCCGACGCGCAAGGAAGAGGCGCCCGUGGACUUCUCUUUCUUUUUACAAAGACUUUAUUGUCUGACAUGCUUGACAAAAAAAAUUACAGCCACAAUCAAGUUAUGCCAAAAUGAUUGAGGAGCACGCCGUCAUCUUUCAUACCUCACGACUUUUAAUGCAUUUGCUCUUAAAGUAACAGCUGCCUUCGUAACUUCUCUUUCCCACAUAAAAAUACACCAUAUUCUGAAGAUACCUCAGGAAAAAAGAUUUGUUUAAAGUUUAUAGUUCUCGGUCCACAUAGAAACUGAGCAGAGGUGGCACAGAAAGGGCCUUGUGUUCUCUCUGCCCCAAGAGGCUCCCAAACGUCCCUGCUACCAAGCGCCACUUUGGCCCCUGCACCCCGGGGAGCCCAGCCCCUGCCAGCCCGACACGGUGCCACUGCCAGCUCCCUGGGACGGCAGCCUCACCCCAGGCUGGCCCAGCUCGCCCACGAGCCUGGGAGAAGCCACAGCCUCCCCGGGUGCUGGGACUGAGCCGACUCAGGAGUCCUCAGAGCUCUGACUGGUUUGAACAGGACCCUUAAAAAAAAAAAAGAGCCUUGGACCAUGCACUACGUUGUAGGGACGAAACUUUGGGUCAUGGCAAAGUGAGGGCUGUGAAGCCAGGGACCAGGCUUCAAAUCCUACCUCUGCCCCUUAUGUGCUGUGCGCCCCCAGGCAAGUCACCUCGCCUCAUCUCUGAAAUGGGGACAGCAGUACCUACCUGGAAGGACCAUCUGCAGAUGGAACGAGAUUAAACCUGCAAAAAGACUCAGCAAAGGCUGGUUCCAGGGCAGGGACCGGGGAGAGCGUGAGGCCCUGCUCUUGGGUGCACGAUUUAAAGGGGGUGCGAAAAUCAGUCAUCAGGACAAAUUACUAUUUAAUGUAAUGGUGUUAAAAAUCAAAAUGUUUCC